AUAAAUGCUAUAUCUGUUGUUUAUCUUGGAAUGAAAAAAGAUCGUUGGAUUGAGCAGAGUGAAUUAAAAGCAACUGUAAAACGUGCCGUCGAAUCUACCAGCAAUGUGCGUAUGAAAAGUUCACGUCGAUCAAGAAUUUCUCAAAUUUUAUCGCAGUUUGAAAAUGCCUUUGAGAGGGUUAGUGGUUUAUAUGAUAUGGGGGCGAUCAAGUCGGAUAAAGGAAAGCCUUUAGAUUCUGAUAAAAUCGACAAAAAUAUAAAUUUAUUAAAAAACAAGCUCAAAAAAGAUAAUACUGCUCUUUAUCAACAUUUAUAUUCGGCUGUAAGCUCUUACCCUAUUAAUGAAUUAACUUGGAAAGACCCAUUAGCAAGCCAGGUUAUUAGUAAUAAAUCAACGAUUGUAGAAAACUUAAAAACAGAUUACACAAAAGCAUUUGAG